AUGUAUAAUCGCGAGUCCAAGAUCAUGCGCAAGCUCCUCGGCAAGGCGGCGCCCGACUCUGCGACUGGUGACUUGGCUUCAAUCACCGGCACGACCACACCUAUUCCGACCUCGUUCCGCCCGUCCAAGUCGCAAAAUGCCGUAUAUGAUGCGGGAGCCCCGAUAUCGUGCUUUGACGUUUCUGCUGAUCGCCGCGCCGUCGUGCUGGGAGGGGCGCAUAUUCUCAAGACCAUCCUUCUGGACGAUCUGACAGCCUCUAGCUUCAAAUUUAACGACGGCAUCGAUGUACGCACCGCAAUCACUACGAGACAGUCGACUGUGUCUCGGCAGAAUGUUGUGGCCGAUCAGCUCAAUAUACGCGACGUGAAAUGGCACGGCAAUUCUCACAUAUACACUGCGUGUGCAAGCGGCAAAGUCUUCUCAUACGAUCUGACGCGAUUUAGUGCGGGCGACAAUGAACCCCUGGAAUACAUCUUGACCCAAGAGGACUCACGGCAGAUGAACACCUUGGACAUAAGCCCUCACCUAAAGACCUGGUUAUUGACUGGUGGACAGGAUGGAACUGCGCGCGUCUUUGAUUGCAGCAACACCACUCCGGCGAGACACGGUCUCAGCUUUAGGCAACGCUUUGCACCACUCAGAUGCAUCGAUCCGAUCAGAAAAGUUAGAUGGUCUCCUGCCAACGGCCACGAGAUGGCUUGCUGUACGGAAAGCGGCGUCAUCAUGAAGUGGGACGUGCGACAACCCUCACGCCCCGUUCUUAGAAUCAAUGCACAUGAGAAAUCGUGCUCAGAUAUUGCAUGGCACCAUGACGGCAUUCACUUGAUUAGUGCCGGAAUGGACACAAAGAUUCACACUUGGGACUUGGGCAACACGGCGGACAAGAGACAGAAGCCGAAAUGGACCAUAUCAACACCUGCACCAGUGGCUGCUGUAGCCUGGCGCCCGGGGCUUUGGUCGGCGAGUGCCCAUGCCAGGCGAGUUGCGCAGAUUGCUGUGACCUAUGAUGAAACUAGCAGUCGAAGAUAUGGCACAUCAGCAGUACACAUUUGGGACUUGGCGAGGCCAUCCAUGCCGUAUAAAGAAAUCGAGAGGUUCGAAACAUCUCCAUCAGCUCUGGCGUGGCAGGACCAGGAUAUGCUAUGGACUGUUGGCCAGGAUGGGACCUUCAACCAAUGCGACGUGGCAUUUGCUCCCAAGGUCAUUGAUCGCCAAUCGACUUCGGCCAUGGCAUUUUCUCCAAGAGGAGAUCUGCUCAUGUUUCUUGAUGAGCGUCCGCUAUCACAUCGACCACGGCUUCCAGUGGUACACCAAUCUGAUGCUAUGCAUCGCGCCACAUACAGCUCCAGCCCCAGCAACCAGGGCCUAAGCAUAAGCCGAAGCGAUUCUGAAGAUGAUGUAAUAGGAACCUUUCUUGGAUCACGGCGCAGGAUCCUCCGAAACAGGAGACCCAGUGGAAGAGGUACCAUUCCCUUAAGCACCACCCCGCCUUCCGGCGGAGCACCAUUUGCAGACGAUAACAAGCAGAAUAUGGGUCUGGAACAAUCUAUCAAUAUGACUGGAAUCUUCAGGUCUCAGCAAGCCAUGUCUUUUGGACCUAUUCCUGCAGCGAAGCCUGUGCAGAUAUAUCACUUUUUAUCUAAUACGUACCUGGAGACGCUCAAACGAGAACUUCCAUACUCUGAUGGUGGCAAGCCAUUAGUAGAGAGAGUGGGCAUCAUCAUGGAACAGUAUGCGAAAGCUGCUGAAGUAGCGAACUUGUACCGUCUGGCACAGACAUGGCGAAUCUUAGCAUAUGCCAUGAAUCUUCUCCUCAAACGCAGGGCACAAUACCAUUUUGAGGUUCGAGUUGGGCAGUUCCAGAAAGUUCAAGUUGACGAUGUCAUAAAAGGCGCAGAUAAGUUAAAAGCCUCGGAAAUGUAUGCCAAUGGGGAAGAUACUCCUAGACGACCGUCAGCACAAAGAAGCAGCAUCGACGGCCGGUUCCACUCUAUCCGGUCAUUGCUCGCGGAAGAGAUUGAAAGCACAUCGAAUGUACCAACACCUGUGGCAAGGCCAGCUGAUAGUGCCACGAACACUGCCAGUCCCGGUCAUGACGAUGCCGUACAUCAGCAUGGCAAACGAUUGUCACCCAUUGUCGAACCAGAGUCGCUCACUAUCGGGCCUGCUGCUCAUGGGUCCUUUAGAGAGUCCCAAAGUCCCCGGCAACGUCAUGACUCGGAACCUAUAUCAGUGGGGAGUGAGCAAACCGAUGAUUCGGCAACUUCAUGCACCGAGGGCUAUGACUUUUAUGAUACAGAGGUGUUAGCAAAGGCGAUCGAUGUUCCCGUACCAAGGAGAAAGAACAGCUCUAGAGGAGUGCCUUAUCGCGGUAGGAACGUCAGGCAGGAUUCAGACGAAAGCUUUGGCCAGAUGUUCUCCAUCUCAAAUGGAACUAAGAGAUCUGGGAGGAUGGGAUCUAGUGGCGAUGCAUUUGCCAAGCCGCUCAACCGGGAACAGUCUGACCAGGGGAGAGAAAGCGGUGCCUCGAGUGCAGACUCCCCAGCCAUGGCAAAUACGCUAGCGGGGAGGAACGGCCGGUCUCCACGCUCGAAUGACUCCCAAGAGGAAGUUUUCAUGAUUUCACAGACGACAAAGACUGAGGAUAGCCAUGCAUCUCAACCAUCCUUUACUUCACAGGACACCGAUGGGAUGGGUCUAGGGGAAUCGCCUCUCAAUUCGGUGCCGGAGAUCAGAACCAGCCGAUCAGUCAGCCCCAAGAAGGAGUCCAUAUCACCUCGGCACGACCCCCGGCCUCACGUCGUCGAAACAGAUUAUCUCCCAUGGAGCAAUGAUCCGCCCUACCCUCAUCCCGUAAACGCCCACAACUCCAAAGCGAGCCCGGCUUCAAUCUCGCCUCUCAACCCCUGCAAUUUGUUGCUCAGCGCGUUGGACUUUGAAUCCAAAACAUCGGCCCUGAAUGCCUCAGCAAUGAUCCUGUUGCUAAGACCGCUCGUGCCCACUCCUGUCAUCGACAGCCACAGGGCCAGCGCCAUCCUUCGCCAGCACCACCUGCGACUGAUGCGAAUGGGCCUCUUUGUCGAGGCAGCUCUGCUACGGAACCUGUGCAUACAGGGAUGGCCGGACGGCCUGCCAGACUGGGGAGACAACUACGUAUCCAUCUUUGGCGGUGCCCAACAAGGCGUCAAGGUGGGCUUAUUCUGCUCGUCGUGCCGCAAACCCCGAGAAGUCGACCCCUCGGCCGGCCAAGACGCAGUGUGGACAUGCGAACGAUGCCGAAGUGUCAUGGCGCCAUGCCCGGUGUGCGGCCACCGCGAAGCAGAGCGGCCAUCCUUCAUCCCAUCGGAGACGAGGCCCUCUGCCUCGGACGUCGAAUCCGAAACGUGGCUGUCAGAAUGGUGGUACUGCCCGGGCUGCGCACACGGCGGCCACGCCUCCUGCCUGCAGCUAUGGCACGGCGCGUCAGAGCCCGUCGCCGCCGCAGAUCCAUCCGCCAAGUACAGCGACGGGUGCUGUCCCUCGGACGGCUGCGGCCACGCCUGCCUGCCCGGCAAAUACCGCGGCGAGACAACGACAGCCCGGUCAGACGAGCUCGGUCGCGCGGCGGUGGAUUCGUCCCGCGUAAGAGAUGGCCCCGCGAGCCGCGGCGGCAGCAGGCGAUCGAGUCCCGGCGCGCCGUAUGACCGCAGUGUAAAGAGCGACAUGAACGAUGUUCCGCAGAGCAAGGCCGUUGGCAUGGCGCGAGAGGCCCUGAACAAGGGCAGCGGGGGCAUCCUGAGUUCGAGCCCGGGGAGGUCAAGCGGCGCGGGAGACAGGGAGCGAAGGAAGAGUGUAAAGUUUGCAAGGACAGAUCGUUGA